UCAUUCUCUCCUACUCACUCACACUCACACACUCUCUCUCUCUCUCAACUUAAAACCACCAGACACCAGAAACUCAGACACUCUCUCUGCAGUAGAGAGAGAGAGCCAUCCCCCCCCUCCCCUCCACCCCCACCCUACCCAAUCCAAAAGACAAUGGCCAUAACUUUUCUCAUUUCCCAUUUUACCCCUACAGCCCUACUCUAUUUCCUCCUCCUUUCCUCCUCCAUCCAUGCCCUCAACAUCACCACCCUCCUCUCCCCUUACCCUGACUUCUCUGACUUCACCGACCUCAUCUCCUCCUCCAUCUCCGGCGACCUCCUCCCCCGCUCCUCCCUCACCCUCCUCGCCGUCCCCAACCCCUUCCUCUCCACUACCACCGCCCUCACUCGCCGCCUAUCCCCCUCCUCACGCGCCGACGUCCUCCGCUACCACGUCCUCCUCGAGUACCUCUCUCCCGCCGCCCUCCUCCUCAUCCCCCCCUCCGGCAAGCUCAUCACUACCCUCUACCAGACCACAGGCCGCGCCACCAACAACUUCGGCUCCGUCAACCUCACGCGCGACCCCUCCACCGGGGUCGUUUCGAUCCGCUCCCCGGCCCCCUUCUCCCCCUCAAACGCCACCGUUUUGUCCCUCGUCACCAACCUCCCCUACAACGUCUCCAUCUUCUCCGUCAACUCCCUCCUGGUCCCUUACGGCUUCGACCUCAUGGCCUCCGAGACCCGCCCCCCUCUUGGCCUCAACAUCACCAAGGCCCUCAUCGACGGCCACAAUUUCAACGUCGCCGCCUCCAUGCUCGCCGCGUCCGGCGUCGUCGAGGAGUUCGAGGCAGACGAGGGCGGCGCCGGCAUCACCCUCUUCGUCCCCACGGACACUGCGUUUUCGAAUCUCCCAUCGAAUGUGAGGCUCCAAUCACUCGCAGCUGAAAAAAAGGCAGUCGUCCUCAAAUUCCAUGUCCUCCAUUCAUACUACCCACUGGGCUCGCUCGAGUCGAUCGUGAACCCGGUUCAGCCCACAUUGGCUACAGAGGACAUGGGAGCCGGCUCGUACACUCUCAACAUCAGCAGAAUCAAUGGGUCAAUGGCGAUCAACACUGGGAUUGUGCAGGCCUCGGUCACCCAGACGGUGUUCGAUCAAAAGCCCGUGUCAAUUUUUGGGGUUUCUGAAGUUUUGCUGCCCAGAGAGAUCUUCGGGAAGAACCCAAUUUUAACGCCCAAGCCCGGUACGCCAUUUCCCGGUAGCGGCGGAGCUCCGCCUCCGGACAUUUCUCCCUCUCCGGAGAGUCUAACUGGGCCUCCAUCGCACCUCUCUUCGCCGCCGGGAUUUCGCGAAGAAAUCAGAUCCGAAGCUGCGGCGGCCGUUGGUGGGUUGUGGAGCUUCGGGAUGGCAUCGUGUUGUAUAGGACUGUAUUUAAUGGGCAGCUAGCUAACUUUGCUUAAUGGCUGCUUGAGAGUCGGGACCAAAAUAGAAUGUGAAAAGGAGAAAAAAGAGUUAUUUACCAAAAAGAAAUGUGAGAAAAGAGAAAAUUGAAAAAUUGUUGGUAGGGUACUGUAAUUAGUGAAGAGGAAAGUGCAUGACAGAGGGCAUGGGGUGGGUCCGCAAAUGGACGGUGGUGAUGCGACACAAGUUGAAGAUAUGCUGCUCUACACGCAUUUCUAUGGCAUCGGAUGUUGAUGGGACUGCCAGAUCUAGUGAGGGUUAUUUGAGCAGAGGGGGAGGAGAUCUACAGUGUGAGUACUCAGAUGCCUUUUCGGGGCGCUCCAUCUCUAUUUGUGGACAAAAAACUUUCUUAUAACGAAGAUAAUAUUGUUUUGUUAUUCGCAAUCAAUUACACUGAUACAUGAAAAAGUUAUUCUACGUGUCAUUGUGUUAUUGGCUGAAAAUAGCGCUUUGCUA